AUGACUAAUAAUAUCCAAUUGACCCAGAAUGGUAAUGUGAUCUCAGCCAUUGAUAAUCAAGAGAAAAUCCAGGUGGAAAAAUACAAUCAUGAACAAGAACCUACAGAUCAACAGAAUCAACGAAAGAUUGCUAUAAUCGAAAACCUGCUUGAUACAACGGCAUUAAUUAUUGAUGUGAUCUGGAAUAAAUUUUCCAUAAAGAUUAAUGCACAAGUCAUUUCACUUCGUCUAUUUAUUCAAGAAACUUUACGUAGAUCACGAACAUCUUGGAACACUCUCCAAAUUGCAUUAUUUUAUCUUUUACGAAUAAAGCCUAAAAUUUCAACACUUCCAGUAUCCACUAAAACAAAUAACAAGGGAGAUCCGGCUACCUGUGGUCGUCGAAUGUUUCUCGCAUCUCUUAUCAUAUCCUCUAAAUAUCUUCAAGAUCGCAACUAUGCUAACAGUGCUUGGUCAAAGAUAUCUGGUUUACCAAUAAGAGAUAUUAAUGCAAUCGAACGACGAUUUCUUAUUCUUAUUGACUACAAUUUAUUUAUUAAAGAUAAUAUUUUUAAGAAUUGGUCAAAUUUUUUGAGAUUACAUAUCUGUCCUAUUUCUGAAUGUGAAGUAACGCAAAAAGAUGCCUUUAGUAUAGUUGAAAACCAACAAGCUAUCACAAAAUUUGUUGACUGUCAGGUGUGA